AUGUCUACGAGUACACAGUAUAAAUCAGGAGAUCUCGUAUUGACCAAGAUCAAAGGUUUUCCUGAAUGGCCGACACGAGUUGUUGAUUUUUCGCUUCUUCCAGAGCAUAUACAGAAUCUAAAGCCAAAAACAGUUUCCUCCAAGUCGACAAGCAGAAGUAGGAGCAGAAGGAGAAAUGGUAAAGGUUCAAGGGAUCAUGGUGAAAGUAUAUGCGUGAAAUUUUAUGGAGAUGAUGAAUAUACGUGGUGCUCAACGAAUGACUUAAAGCCAUUAUCUGAGGAGCAAGUUGCUGAUUAUCUUGUCAAAAAAGGUGAGAUUCCGGACAAAACAGGCAACUACGUGGCGAAAAAGACCGCAAAAGGGAAGAAAUUGACUGAAGCGUACAAAUUGGCUUAUAACAAGGAGUUAAGUGCGGAUGACUUUAUCAAAUAUGGAAGUGAAGGAAAGCCAGCAGAGCCAGAGGCAGAGGAGAUUGAAGAACAAGAAGAGGAAAUAGAAGAGCCAGCAAAAAAGCCAGAAGCUGCCGAGAAGAAAAUAUCAAAGAGUAAGUCUAGGUCACCAGCCUCGAAUAGUAAAAAUUCUACAAAGCCGAAUGGAAAAUCAUCUUCCAGAGCAAACGUGAAGAGGAAGGCCGUUUCAUCAUCUGCUGGAAGUAGAAAGAAGGUCAAAUCCUCCCCAACGGUUGCUCUUGCCUCUUCGAGGACGAGAGCAAGAUCUAGCACACCAAAAUCAAGAUCUAGUUCUAAACCAAAGUCAAAAGCAACACCAAAAGUUGAAUCGAGCUCUGAAUCACAAUCUGAGGAAUCCGAGGAAUCUGAUGAUUGGGGUGAGGAUAUAGUGAAUGUGGACUCGGGAAUAGUGGAUGUAAAAACCAUACCAAGUUCUGUGGUGCUUUCCAAAGAAGCUAACAAUGCAAAAAAGGUGUACUCCAAGUUGAGAGCGAAAAUUCAGGCUAUUGUGUUGGGACCACUAGAUGAGGGAGGGAAAAAGAGCAAGGUGGGUAAAGAGAAGGAGGAUGGAGAAAAGGAGGAUGGAAAAAAGGAUGAUGAAGAAAAGGAUGAUGGAGAAGAAGAUAAUGGGGAAAAGGAUGAUGGGGAAGAAGAAGAUGGAGAAAAGAAUGAUGGAGAAAAGAAUGAUAAAGAGAAUGCAAAACCAAAAAUUGACUACAAGCAGAAAAUUAGCCUGUUGAACCCGUUGGUGGAUGAAGCCGUGAAUUAUAAUCCACCACUAAUAUCAGCAUUGCGGUCCACAAAUCUUUAUAGAGUACUUAUAAUCAUAUUGAAGAAGCCAGAGUAUCAGAAUGCACGGUUUAGCAAAAAGCUUCGGAAAUUCUUGAAGGAAACCUUGGAUGUUGAAGUUUCUGUGGAUAAACAUUGGGGAGAUUCUUGGACUAAGGAAAUGGAUGAUAAGGAAGAGAAAGAAUAUAGAAAAAAGCAGACAGAAGAGAAAGCUAAAAGAGAACGUGAGAGAGCCGAAGCUCGAAAAGAAGCAAAAGAGUAG